AUGAGGUCUCAUGCUAUUAAAUCUCUAUUCUCGAUUACAUUUUCUGCAACAUUUCUUCUCUCCAAAAUAAUGUAUCUAAAAGGUGAAGUGACUACUGCAAUUGAGAUUCAAACACCUGCAGCCAAGUUCUUCAACUUUUUGUUGAAUCAACUUCACGAGAUUCAGAACAUCACUGAGAGAGUUCAUGAAAUCAAGGAUGUUCAACUUCAAGGUUUUGGGCAUGCCAUCGGUUCUGUUAGGAGCUGGACUUUUACCCUAGAUGGAAAGGUUGCAGUGUGUAAAGAUCGAAUCGAAGCAAUUGAUGAACAGAAGAAGGCAAUGACAUACAAACUCUUCGAUGGGGAAGUGAGUCAGAGUUUCAAGAUGCUGAGAAUCUUCUUACAAGUGACUGACAGAGAGGGUGGUGAUGUUGGUGCUGUUGUUAAAUGGACUUAUGCAUAUCAGAAACUGAAUGACAAAGUUCCACCACCUUAUGCCUACUUGGACUUCAUAACCAAAGUUACUGAAGAUGUCGAUGCUCAUCUUCUAAUGCCAUGA